AAAUUUCAUCAUGGAAUGGGUGCACAGAUAAAUCCUGGAAACUCGAGGGUAAAUCGCUUAUGCAGGCAAUACGGAAGGGAUAAUGUUGCCGGGAGAUCGAUUACGGGAAUAAAAGGAGCUCAAUUUCGUACAAGGAUGGGCUUUCAAACCCUCGAUGGUUGUUUUAAGAAGGUGCUGACAUCGGUAUUAGCUGUCAGUUUUAAUUGAUUCAAAAUUUUAUGUGAAAUGAGUCACUUCCAAAGUGUAAUACUGGCGUUUUUCCUAAUUUACUGUGGCACGUCCAUAUUCAUGCAGAGGGGAGCUUCGUAAAUUUGAAGGUGGUUUCCAAAACUACGGGUAACCAACAGUUCAAUGGCUCAUCUUGUUAGUGCUGCUCUGGCUUUUACUUUGGUGUAUUUGGGUAAAACGAUUUUCAGGGAAGUACCGGAUUAUAAAGACAAUGGACGCUUGGCAUCUUGUUAUGUAUUUUUAAUUGCAAUUUUCUUCCUGCUUUGGUACUAUGGAACGUAUCCUAACUCCUUUAGGAAGAACUGGUUCAUACAGUUUUGGCUUGAGUUUUUGAUAGCAGAGUUCAUAAUGGAACAACUGUUGGUAAACUUUUGGUUCCCAUUGGAGAAGACUUUGGUAGAAGUUUUACCAAAAGUGGGAAGGAAAAUAGAAAAUACUUUAAUGAAUCCUCCCUUUGAAACAUACGUAGACAUGGACUGGACUGAAGACUCCACAUUUGGACUGAUUGCCAGCUAUGUUCUUAGUUGUUUUUUUCUGGUCGCAGUUUUGCACGCUAUCAAAGUCUUUGAUCUAAAAUCUUUCAAAUUUGGUACCAUGAAUUAUUCAAAGAAGAACAUAUCAAAAAUUUUUAAUCACAGGGGCGGUUAUGCAAAACGAAGACAGAAAAUGGAUCAAUUAGAUCAAUGGAAAAAAUUAUAAGUCAACAAAACUAUUUAAAUUAAUUUUUUUUGUAUUUCACAAUUUAUUAUUAUACCUAAAUUUUUACAUAAAUUUUAUAAAUAAAGUAAUUGAAACUGAA